GAGACGGCGUUAUCGGUGACGGAAAGGGCAGUCGUGGAAGUGGAAAGAAAAAAGCGAGGGGGCGGCAAAGAAAUAGAAAAAGGAAAAGCUCAAAGCGCGAGGUGGCGUAUUGAGCUCUCGGCGGAGCCUCUCUCGUUUCUCCUCUGCUAAAGGGAGCACAUCGAUCCCGUUUGGCCCUCAAUUUGCCUAUCGAGAUUUUGCAGGAUCAUUUGACUAGAUCCCGUGUCGAAUGCGCUCGAAAUUUGGAUUCUUCUUCUGUUAGCCCCUGAUUUCGAUCAGAGCUUUACAGAGUUUAUUUGCUCGGCGUUUCAUCUCCGAGGAGAGAAGGUUGGCUAGAAUUCGAGAUUUGGCUUGCUCCUCCUUAUGAACUUUCAAGUUCGACUGUAAUUUGGGGAGUGAUGGAGCUCGAAGGGAAGAAAGUAACGCAUGAUUUCCUCUCGCUUUACUCCUCCGAUCCGUCCUUCCAGCUUCCAGAUCCUAGAUCCUCCUCCCGAGGGCGAAAACAAUGAACGAAUGACGGAAGGUUUCAUUUUGAAGACUCGAGACUUCCUUCGGCCGCUUGAGAAGGAGGAAGGUUAUGGAAAUGACGUGGCGGAGGUCCCGGCUACCGUCAAAGCGGUGAUUCAGGCGGAGGGCGUGCUCCCUAGCGGGGUGGGCGCGUACACCGUCAGUCAUGCGCCGCUCGCCGCUGCGAUCGUCAAGGCUUCCGGCUCUGCGAGAGGCUUCCCGAUCUUGUCGGAGGCCAAAUCCGAACCUGAUUACGGCAGUCGGAGUACCGGCACCAGCUACGGCUCCUUAGCGGGAGGCGCUUCUUACACCCUGUGGGAUGAGAAAGACACUGUUUCAAGAGGGCAGUGGCCGUCCUGCUUCCCUACUGCUCAUGGUAGCUCUGGACCUACCUCUGUUGCCGGUGUCGGAGAUGACAUCGGCACAUCCGGAAGACACGAUCCAGCUUGGGAGAGGAAGCAAUUCAUGGUGCUGGCUUCUUCUGUACCCAUCCGGGGGCGCAAUAGAUCGAACAACGAUGAAGAGUUUGGGAAACGUGAAAGCUCUUCAGCUUGUAAAGAUUUGAGUAUCAAAGUAGAGGAAAAUGCAAGAUGCAAUGAUCAAAGGCCAAAUACACCACGGUCAAAGCAUUCUGCGACAGAACAAAGAAGAAGAUGCAAAAUCAAUGAUAGAUUUCAUAUACUCCGAGGGAUCAUACCUCACAGCGAUCAGAAGAGAGACAAAGCAUCAUUUCUUCUGGAGGUCAUUGAAUAUGUACGUUUUCUACAAGAAAAGGUGCAGAAGUAUGAAUCAUUGAACCCAGAAUGCGGUCAAGAUGAUGUGAAGUUAAUGCCUUGGAAAUUUUCUUUACAGAAGAACAGCAGCCAUGUGCCUGCAAAUGGUUUAUCGGUCUCUCAUGUUGUGAGUGAUGAUUCUUCUACUCCUACACAUAUCUACUCCAAGAAAGUUAAUGAAAGUAGCAUUCCUAGUGUUGCAUUUCCUACUCCGACAUCGAUUACUCUCAAUCAACAAAAAACGUGUGUGGUUUCUGGUGGUAUCUCAUACAAAAAGACGAUGGAUGCAAACAAUCUGGCUCCCACACACUGCACACACAAUUUAUUGUUCCCUCUAGGAAGAGAAACUAAUACUACUGAUCGGUUGCAGCCAAAGUCAUUAGAAGCCCAUAACACUGCAUCUCAAGAUCAAUGCGGAUGGUUAAGGUCAUGCGGCCUUGCUGACGGUGCUGUUGUCAGGCAGGGGCUGUAUGAAAAAGAGACACUGAUAAUUGAUGAGGGCACAAUCAAUGUGUCUACUGCCUACUCCCAUGAGCUGUUGAAUACGUUGAUUCAGACAUUGCAAAGCUCUGGAAUAAAUCUGUCACAAGCCAAUGUCUCCGUGCAGAUUGAUCUUGGCAAGCGAGCAGCUAACAAGAGGCUUGGUAGCACAACUUGCACCAAUAAGGACAAGGAAGACUCUGGUUCUUAUAAUCAAGCAAAGGGAUGCAGUAGGUCGAGAGCCCUAGUCGAGGAGCCAUCAGAAUCUUCAAAGAGACUGAAAACUCAUGACCAGUUACUUGCCGCAUACCUGGAUUCUUCAUAACAAUGUAUAUUUUGUUCAGCCUUUUGAGGCUGUUCAAGGUGAUUGGGACCUCCUGUUCAUUUUUUUUGCCAUGUGGUGGCGCAGAGGCUUCCAUUACAAAUUUUGAAGCUGCUUUAUUUAUAGGCUUCCAUACCAAAGAGAAGUCACUGUUUUCUUGUUUUUGUUUCCUAUUAAUGAUUUUGAUUCUUCAUAACAAUGUAUAUUUUGUUCAGCCUUUUGAGGCUGUUCAAGGUGAUUGUGAACUCCUGUUCAUUUUUUUUUGCCAUGUGGUGGCGCAGAGGCUUCCAUUACAAAUUGUGAAGCUGCUUUAUUUAUAGGCUUCCAUACCAAAGAGAAGUCACUGUUUUCUUGUUUUUGUUUCCUAUUAAUGAUUUUUGUAAGUAACAAUAUGAUUCCAACAGGUGACACUGUAUUAGGUGACACUAUAUUUGUGUGGAUUACCAAAAUCUAUUUAAGUAGUUAAUUUUUGAAAUUUCA